GUUGCUGUGGCCAGGUGAUCAGGGAGCAGGAGGGGAUGAGCCGUGGGUUUCUGGUGAUCGACAGGGAUUGGGCAGUUCAUGGGGAAGCCGUGAACAAGGAGCAGAGAAGUGAGCGUGUAACAGCCCACAGGCCCGGGAGCCUGGGCAGGCGCUGGCCUGACAGCACCAGCCCUCAGCACCAGGCUGGGGACAGAAGCCUUGAUCCUGCCAGCCGUGGAGAGUCGCUGGAGGGCGUUUUAGGGAGAUGACCUUGUGCAGAGGUACCAUGUACUCUUUCCCCAAAGUGCAGACAUGACAUUUCUGGUUGGUCUUGAAUGUCUGCCUCUGCCAAGCCUCCUCAUCUCGUCCACGGGCGAAUUACCUUCCAACCAAAUAGCCCGUGUGCCCACGCAGGCCACCGCCAAAGAGCACCGUAAUUGUCUGGACAAUUUCCUCUCAAGUGCUCUGGGCUUGAGACUUCCAGUCGGAGGAAGAGGGAAGACAGCAGGGUGACAGCGGCCCUGCUGGGUCCCUGGUGCACACGGGAGUUGGCGCCCAGACAGGCUCCAGAGCAGCCCGGGCUGGCGAGGGACCUGGCCAGGCAGAUGGGACUCGAGGUGCUCUGCAUUUUCCAGGGAGAGCGGCUCAUGCUCCCGCCCAGUGAAUUCUCAGGAACGGUUUCUUAGACUACGCUCAUUGCCAUACCAACCACCGAUUGAAAAUUCGCAGUCGGGGACAGAAGUAAGUGCAUCGAGAUAAUCUUUAACCCGUUUCCUUUCUCUCCCCGCCCCCUUCUCUCCGGCUUCAUUAGGCCUCCCGCCGGUGCCUGAGGAGCGCGGUCCCCGGGGCGCAGGCAGCCACCCGGCUGGCCUAGCGGUGGCCGGCCAUGGCCAGCACGGCCGUGCAGCUGCUGGGCUUCCUGCUCAGCUUCCUGGGCAUGGUGGGCACGCUCGUCACCACCAUCCUGCCGCACUGGCGGCGCACGGCGCACGUGGGCACCAACAUCCUGACGGCCGUGUCCUACCUGAAGGGACUGUGGAUGGAGUGCGUGUGGCACAGCACGGGCAUCUACCAGUGCCAGAUCUACCGCUCGCUGCUGGCGCUGCCCCGCGACCUGCAGGCGGCGCGCGCGCUCAUGGUCACCUCCUGCCUGCUGUCGGGCGCCGCCUGCGCCGCGGCCGUGGUGGGCAUGAAGUGCACGCGCUGCGCCAAGGGCACGGCCGCCAAGGCCACGUUCGCCGCGCUGGGCGGCGCGCUCUUCCUGCUGGCCGGCCUCCUCUGCAUGGUGGCCGUGUCCUGGACCACCAACGACGUGGUGCAGAACUUCUACAACCCGCUGCUGCCCAGCGGCAUGAAGUUCGAGCUCGGCCAGGCCCUGUACCUCGGCUUCAUCUCCUCGUCCCUGUCGCUCAUCGGCGGCACCUUGCUGUGCCUGUCGUGCCAGGACGAGGCGCCCUACCGGCCCUACCCGGCCCAGCCCAGGGCCGCCACGGCCACCGCCGCCGCCGCCACCGCGCCCGAGUACCGGCCACCGGCCGCCUACAAGGACAACCGGGCCCCCUCGGCGACCUCGGCCUCGUAUAGCGGGUACCGGCUGAACGACUACGUGUGAGUCCCAGCCCGGCCUCCCCGGGGCGCCGUCAGGGCCAGGGCGCUGCGCCCCUGGGGGACUGCUGGCCCCGGCAGGGGUUCCAGCACGAAGUUGACUUCCGGGCUAUUUUUGUACCCAAGGAAACAAUGUGAAAGUGAAAAGAUGUUCUUGGAACCCAGGGAAGGAGGGGGGAAAUAGGAAGAGGAGAAAGCUCUAUAUACCAAAGACUUUUUAAAAAAUCCUUUCUGUUUUUGUAUUUAUUAUAUGUAUUUAUGUGGGUGAUUUAAUAACAGCUUAAUAAAAAGUGACUUGGGAGUUUGCUUGGUGGGGUUUGUGAUACAGGAAUAAACCUUUUGG